UAGCCACCCAAUCGCACGGUCUCUAAUGCGGUAAGACAAACCGCCCAGGCGUUCGAGCGAUUUCCACCAUGAGAAAACAAGCCGCCCAGGCGACAGAUGCACAAAUAUCGGCAGAGGGGCCCGCGUAUAUGCUCUGACACUCCCGCCUUGUCACCACAAUUUGCUCACCAACCCAAGGGAGCUAUAACUAGAGCAUUUACUACACUUGGAAUGGUGAUCAAAUUUUAGACCACUCUCUCUCUACAACACUAAAACUGUCUUCAAUGGAAAUGCUCUCAAUUCUCUCUUCUUUAAUUCUCUUGUUAGAUCAUUCUCCUUCCUUAACGAAUAAAUGGUAAUUUCCCUCACUCUCUACGUGUAAGCCUCCUACCACAUUAGCCUUGCACAAACAAUUGGCGCCCACCGUGGGGCAAAUGACGAAAGAUUCUAUGAGGAAGGGGUGAUAAUCCACACUUUCAAGCUCCAUAGAAGAGGAGACAACACCACUCAAAGAAACCAUGAGCCAAAGCCUCUAUGACGCGUCAACAAACCCGGAAGCAACAUGGCUAUUUCACUUGGAUGACAACCCAGACGUCGUGAUAAUUAAGGAAGAGGAGGUCGAGUUAUCUGCGAAAGAAAUCCACCAGCAGAUGGAGCAAAAAAACAAGGUCAUCGCCGACAUGCAAAGAAAGAUGAGCCAGAUGAUAGCGCUCAUGAGCGCUUCAGUGAGCGUAGCACGAGCAAUGCAGAGACAAGACCCGGUUCCAACAAAGGACCCCGAAGCGGAGGCCACGCCCCCACCCGUACGAGCAGCUCGAGUAGCGCGGCGAGAUCUGGAUUACCUAUAGAAACACUUAUCGCCCGCCUAUAGAGCCCCUCCAAAAAUCUUCCUUCACCAACCGCUAUGUGCGGCGAUCAUGGGCGAGCCAAUGAUGGGGAUCCCCCAACGCAACCUACCUACAACGGCACAACUGACUCGGAAGACCAUGGUAGUGAGUUCUGCCUACGCAUGCAACUUUAGACGUGCUCUAAUGCAGCCCUAUGCCGCACCUUCCCAUCCACAUUCGCAGGUGUUUGUCUUGACUGGCAAAAAUAUUCGUAACCGUGGAUAUCCGCCCGAAUCCGGCCUAAUCAUGUAGGGCAAAACCCGAACCCGAAGGACAUUUAGUGGGUACGGGUAAAAUCUGAACCCGAAUAUUGCGGGUAAUGGGUGGGCAUGGGUUUCUCACUAUCCAACCCGAAACCGCCCGAUUAUACACAUGCAUAUGUAUUUUGUCUAGAAAUAAUCAAUAUUUUUUGCUAACAUAUUUUAUAUUUAGCAUAUAAAUAUAAUAUUUUCAUGAAAUUGUGUAGUUUAAAUUAAUUUUCUUCAUUCUAGUGAAUUAUUGGCGUACUUUUCCUCUUACGUAAUUUGAGAAUACGUAUGAAUGUUAACGUAUUGGUUGAAGUUAUGAAGAGAAAUUAUUAUCCAUGGAUAACCGUGGAUACCCGAAACCCGAACGGGCAUGGGCAUGGUUUUGAUCUUCUACUCGUUUCACAUGUGGGUAUGGGUAUAGGUAAAACCCGAAAUACUAUGGGUAGGGUAACGUAAUCUUCCAGACGUUUGAGAAGUUUAUCCUCCUUUUUACAACCAAGUUUGCUCCCAAAAGCGGAGACCGCUGCACAUAGUGGCACUCGUAGACAUCAGACAAAAAGAAAAUGAGAGCCUCAGAGUAUUCUACUCUAGGUGGUCUCGCGUUGCCAUGGUGGUCCGAUUUCUUACCCCUGAAACCGCCGCACGCCACCUCAUAGAUUCCACAAACAACACUAAGCUAAGGCGGUCACUGGCGAUACGUUGGUGCUGUCCUCCUUCGAGCUGGAAGCCAAGGUGGAUAAGGCGAUCGCGCUGGAAAAACAUUGGGAGCAAGUUCUAUCCAUAAAUUUGUGGCCAAGAGUACGAGGAAUGAACAAAUGCAACACCAACCCCCACUCCCGAUGGACGCGUAUCAUAGCGUAGUUGGGAAGCCCCACAUGGACCUUCACGCCGCUGAACGAAACGGUGCGGAACAUAUUCCACGUCGUUAGGGAUGGUGAACAAGAUCCAAUCCGGUGGAUUUUAUGCUAUUCAACCUGUAAUGGGGCGGAUAAAAUCCGACCCGCGCUUGGACGGAGUGGAUCUUGAUCCGACCCGCUGUUAGAACAGAGCGGACAUGGAUUAUGCAUUUUGCUCCGCCCUGCUCUGCUCCGGUCCGCUCCACUCCGAUCCGUUGUCUAAUGCCAUGCGAAGCUAAGGAGAGAGACAGGCAGCAACUAGCUAUCCAUUUCCCAAAGAGACCCAAAUUCCCAGACCCUACAUGUCAUCCCUUGACCCUUAUGCCUUUAUCAAAAUCAUUCCUCCUCUCCCAAUUUCCAAUGCCCGUUAAAAUUUUCCAGUUCCCAGACCCCAUCCCAAUUAAAUAUCUCCAAUUAAUUCCAUCACCCCAACCAAUAAAAGCCUUCUUUGCAAACACAAUCCUUGACUAUUAUAUUAUCUCGUCAUCGCCAUCAUCUACGCUCACCGGCCGUCGUCAUCACCAUGAGGAAAUCGCCACCGUAGCCUUCGUCGUCAACUUCUGGUCAUCCUCGUCGCUUGGCCUUCCUCAUAUCCAUCUUGUUGUCGAUCUCUUAGCUGUCCCAGUCGGUUCUUCGCAGGUAAGAGUCUAUGAUCCUCCCGUCUAAUUUCUAAGGAUGGAUCAAGGCGGAUUUUAUCCGCCCCGCGCAGGAUAAUAUUUGGGGCAAAAAUUGGCGACCCGUCGUGGAGCGCGGGCCAGAUCGAAUCAAGAAUUCAAUGACAG